AUCCCUUCCCACCGAAGGCCGCGACCAAGUCCCCGGCCUCGCCUGGACGCGCCUCCCGGACGCGGAGGCCGUGCACCCGGUGCGACCCCAACAGCAGCAAGCGGAGCAGGGGCCCCGGGCGACGCGGGUCGCACACGAGGAGCCAGGGGCCCUCGCCUGGGCGAGAGAGGAAGGCGACACAGAAGCAAAAUAAACGCGCGCAGGGAGACGCCACGAGACGCGGCGGUCCAACUUUACCAGGACCCACCACCCUUACUGGGACCACCUCCAUAACUAGGACCACCUCCUCCCCGCUGAUGGCGAUGCCCGCUCCGUUCCGUGCCCCCAAGCGCAAGCGCUGGCCUCGCGAACCGUACGAGGGGCCUUUUCCGGUGCCCAUACGUCGUCGCGCCCCUCUUCUGCUGGACGGGCCAACGCCCGUCCCUCUCGAGAACGAACCCUCGAACACAGACGUGGGCGCCGCUGACCCGUCCACCACGAGGGGUAUUAGAGUGGCGCACCAGCAGCCUGGCAGCGUCGCUCCCGCCGCAGGGCCGAGCGCCGCUGUUGAGAACGAAAGCGAUUCCAUGUGUGGGAACCUCGGUCUACCUGUUGCCGCUGUGACUUUCGGCGAGGGGAGAGAAGGGAGCGAUGAGUCAGAGCGCUACAGAGGAGAGCUGGUGCACAGUGCGGUGCUGGUGCGAGACCGCGGGGACAUGGAGGCGCUGUACAGCCGAGGAUUUUUUGGAAAAGGGUUUUUGUCGAAAAGCAGACCUCAGUUUUCUGAGACCCGACGUUUCACGCCUCCGGGAAGCCAGCCUUGCCGGGACCCUCGGAGGGAUCGUGAGCAACCCGGCACAUUGCCUGGCACGCGCAGCGUCGAGACAGUCUCACUGCUUUGCGGCGCUGCUACGAGCAACGGCAACAAUGACGCUGUAGGGGACGGCGCUUGCCCCCGCCAGCGCGAUGGUUCGGCCGUCGGCCAUGAUGAUGGAGAUAACGCAGCAGGACGAGAGGUGGACAGGGACAGUGAUGGUGCCGCACGGCUGGAUUCAGCGCAUGCCGCUCAUACGGAUUCAGGAGCGACAACGGCGACCGAAGAGGUACCGGAUGAAUCGUGCAAGCCCAUCGUCGGGUGUCAGCAAAAGACGGAGCGCAUUGCAGAGCAUCUGCAGCUAGCCCUGGAGGAGGCAUUUUUUUUGGCGUACGCCCUGGGGUGCCUGACCGUCUCCCUAAACGAGGAGGAGCUGUCCCUGAGUGAGCUGUGGAGAGUGUGCGUGCGCGCGUGCCCACGCUUCCUAGCCCUCUACCCGGCCUACCACUACUUCCGCUCCCGAGGCUGGGUCCCCAAACCCGGCCUCAAGUACGGAACCGACUUGUUGCUCUACCGAAAAGGACCACCCUUUUACCACGCUAGCUACUCGGUGGUGGUGGAGAUGGUGGACGGUGCCAAUUUCCGCGGUGACGCCCUCCGAACCUUCAGCUGGCGCUCGCUCGCGGGCCUCAACCGGACGACCAUGAACGUGUCCAAGGAGCUGCUGCUGUGUUUCGUGGUGCGUCCCGCGGGCCUGACGGAGGAGGAGCUCUCUUCUCCCGAGUGUCUGCGCCGCUUGCGCGUGCAGGAGGUGGUGGUGGGGCGGUGGGUGUCUGGACGGGAGCGCGGCAACCGUGACGACCUGGAUCUGUGAAACCCGCUGUGGGCAUCGACGGGAGGCCGACUGGAGGAGACUCACAAGCCGAUUUCUUCGGUGCUUUGGGCGAAACGAAUUUGGCAGCAUAAGCAUGAGGUUUGGACGUGAUACUAAUCCUAACGCUGUCUAUAAAUGAUGAGGAAACCCGGUAGGCUCUGAGUAUUAAUUUUAGCGAUGAAUCACCCUCGGGGAGAGUCAGGUUAGGACGCCACUCGCCGCUGAUUUUAUCCGUCGCUGGAUUUCGCAAUUUUUGACACGAGGCGCUUCCACCAGCAGUGCCGCGAGCAAGCACUUGGCAGAGCCGCACCUUUACGUUUUAAAUUCUACUAUUAUUGUAAAAUUAUAUUUGAAAAAAGUGUUGUCGAUAUUGUGCAUUAGAAUGAUAUCAAUGGACAGUCCUGCUUUGCUUAAUAAACGAAACAAAUUGUGGUUUAGUUUAGUUUUUUAUGGGGCCCCUCAGAAGUUUUUGGGCCCUGUACAAAUGUCCCUGUGUCGCAGUGCCCCUAAAUUCGGCCCUGAUUGUGACAACGAACUCGAUCCCCUCCCAGCAUGCUUUGCAUGUCACAUGACAUCACCUCACUGUGCAUGUGUACAAUGCACAACAAACCUUUAGAUCACUGAGAUAAAUAACUAGGGCUAUGUUAUCAUUUUUCAUGAUAUUUUUGUUUACGUUACUGAGGACGUACGAGUCCAUGCCCUCGCAGGCGUAGGGGUGGAUCGCAAGUAAUUGCAGAGGCUUUGGUGGGUCGGCUCGUUCUGGCUGCUGCCGGAAAAUUGUAUAGUAAUUGUAAAAUGUGGGUCAUGAAGCACAAACGCUCAUUAUGCGAUACCAUCACCCGCGGGACACCCAUGUGUACGUCCAACAUAAUCAUCAGUUUUAAGGUCAACGCAUCAAAUUAAAACAGUCGAAUUUGUACA